AUGUCUGAAAUCAAGGAUGAAAUCGAUUCAGUUGAAAUUGCUUCAGACACAAAUGACUUGUCAAAGCUAUCUUGUGUUAUAUCCAAUGUACAAAAAUACAGAAAUCUUCCCGACAAAAUUAUUCCAUCUUUAUCAAAAUUCAUUCCAGGUAAAAUUCACAAAGUAGAACUAAGUAAACUGUUUGGAGCCUUGUCAGCAAAUUCUUUAAUAUCGGUUAAACAUGAUUACGACAUGAAGACAACACAAAAAUCAAAAGAAGCUGGAUUCUCUCCUCAAAUAAAACGAGUGUUUGAUGUACCAGAGAUUGUCAACACCAUAGCCACUUGUGGUAACGAACUUUUCAGUAGCAAUGUGCACCUUUGCAAUGUGGCUUGUGUGAGUGAUGAAGAAAUCUGGACAAGCGGAGAAGACAGCACCAUGAGACUCUUCAGCUGCAUUAAGAGAUCACUAAUCAAGUCAAUCACAACCAAAUCAGGGAACAUACCAUGUGACAUGGCAGUGACAAAAAGUGGAGAUCUAGUUUAUACUGAUUACUGGGAUAGAACUUGUGGAUCCACAGAGAAACAGAGCAUACAAUUUGACGAUCAAAGUAAACCACUCUUUUCUUCUGGAAGAUCCAUUACUGAGAACAAGAACAUGGAUAUAUGUGUGACUGAUAAUAGAGGAGUGGUGGUGGUCAAUCAGGCCGGGAAACUGAGAUUCAGGUACAAUGGAAACAAACCACUUGUAUCCUCCUUUCACCCACAAGGAAUCACCACAGACAGCCAGAGUCACAUCCUUAUAGCUGAUUUUUACAAUGACUGUGUCCACAUCAUAGACCAGGAUGGACAUUUUCUUCGUUACAUAGACUAUGGACUUAGUAAACCCCAUGGACUGUGUACAGAUUCCAAUGACAAUCUAUUUGUUGCUCAGUUGUUACACAGACAAGUGAAGAAAAUCAAAUAUACGAGGGUUGUCCAGGGCGUUCGUGCACAAAUGCUUAAUUUUCUUAGUAAAGUCCGCAUUGACAAACGUGUACGAUAA